AUGGAUUCUGAUAACUGUAAAUUAACUGCUGUUCUGAAGGAUGUAACUAAAGAUAUUCAAUCAUCUAAUAUAUGUCAAGUGUGUGGGGAAAAGCCCACAAUUAUGUAUUUGGGUGUUCAUUGUUGUUGCUCGUGUAAAAUGUUCUUUCGUCGAAAUGCAGAUUUUGAUCUGGAUACUCAUCAAUGUGUAUUUACUGGAAACUGUGAUAUAACUAUGAAUAGUCGAGGAGCAUGUCGAUAUUGUCGAUUGAAAAAAUGUUUUUCUAUUGGCUUACAAAAAGACUUGCUUCGUAGUUCACAUACUGUUCAAUGUCAUGAUAAAACGAAGAAAAAACAUAAAAUUUCAACGAAUGAAGCAACAGUUUCUCUUUCAGUUGUUAAUACACCACUUGAUUUGCUCAAUAAUGAUCGAUCAUUAUUAUCUACCAAUCAAUGGUCUCUCUUGUCGAAUGUUACUCAUGCUUACGAUGAUCAAUCUCCUUUAUUAACUAUACGCUAUACGAUGGCAUCUCAGUUGAAUUAUCCGGCAAAACUACAAUGUAAAAUGGCAACGGAUUAUUUCAAGCGUAUUGCUAGUUCAUUAUAUCUUAGUGCUGGUCCAUUUAUCAAAACAAUACCUGAAUUUGUGCACAUGUCAACCAGUGAUCAAGGUAUUCUCGUCGAACGAAAUAUUCGUAGUAUGAGUGGCUUUGGUGGUAUACUUGUCUUGCGUGAAGCUGAUCUUUGCCAAAAUCCUUUCUAUCAUAAUGCCUCUGUUACUACUUAUGGACAUGAACUUACCCAUCAAGCGAUGAAAAUUGUUCAUAAUGCAGAUAUUGAUGGAACAUUAAUCAAACUCAUGAUACCUAUUUUGGCUUUGUCAACGUGUUCUGAUAUUAUUGAUCCAGACAAUCAUGACGGUUCCGGGAGUACCACAACGCCUGGAGGAACUCGUCUUUUUUCAAAUACUUUACAUCUUCUGAUAGCUCAAAAUAUCUACGUUGAAAUGAUGUUUAAAUAUAUGUUAUAUCGAUAUGGUUAUAAAGAGUCAGCUUUAAGAUUUGCAAGUCUUAUUAAGAGUUGUCUCGAUCAAAAUCUAAUGGUAUCAGAUGGUGAUGAUCUUCGGCAACAUGAUGAAAUGGUACAAACAAUUACCGAUGAAACUGAACGAUCGUUAGUAAUGGAUGAUGAAAACAACAAAUGAUAUUUACAAUAAUUCUAUAUUCUCGUGAAAAAAAACAAAUCACAUUUUUGUACGAAUGAGUUCUUCAUAUUCAGCAUAGUAUGUUGUUAUGAUUUGGAAAUCUUUUCUAUUGUCCUUUGUUUUAAUUUUUUUUGUUCAUUGCUCAUCAUUUGAUCAAAGACUAUCACUGUUAUUAAAUAUUGUGUGAUUUCGUUGUACAUAUCUAACCGUUCUC